AUGGCUGGAACGCCUCAACAGUCAAAAGAUUUGGCAACGACUGUUACCAUUGCCACUCCGACAACAGGCACAGCAGUCGAACCCUUUCUCUCACAAAGUCUACCUACGCACCUCACACAUAUUGUUAGGAAAACUGAAGAUGAGAAGAAGCUCGAUGAUCAUCGUGGGAGCGAAACGUCGGCACAGUCCUUGCCUACCGCGGCGAGCAAUCGCGUUAACACAAGACCACCGCUGAACCGCGGACAAAGCCAGAUUCAAAUGGCGUUGAAUGGCUCAGCAAACUUUGUCGGUUGGAAUGACUCUGAAGAUGACUUGCGACGUAACUGGGGAUCGAAACGGUUACGGUUUCUGGCAAAAAAGUACAGCCUCAAUCAACACCGAGCUCUUAACGAAGGUGGUUUUUUCAUUCCU